AUGUUUGCAUGGCAUGCAGAAGAUCAUUAUUUGUACAGCAUAAAUUACCAUCACUCAGGUGCAAAUAAAACUUGGUAUGGUGUGCCUGGUUCUGCAACCUCUCAAAUUGAAAAGACUGUCUUGGAUCAUGUUUAUUGCAACAAAGUCUUGAUAGAACAUGGAGAGAAUGGGGCAUUCCAAUUUCUUGCACAAAAAACAACCAUGUUCUCUCCUGAUGUCUUGUUAGAACAUAAUGUGCCGGUUUACAAGGCGGUGCAAAAGCUAGGAGAGUUUGUUAUCACCUUUCCAAAUUCAUAUCAUGCUGGAUUUAGUCAUGGUUUUAACUGUGGAGAAGCUGUAAACUUUGCUAUUGGUGAUUGGUUUCCACUUGGGGCUGAAGCUAGCAAACGUUAUUCACAUCUCAAAAUGGUACCUAUAAUUCCAUAUGAGGAACUUCUUUGUAAAGAAGCAUUGCUUAUCUACAACUCCUCAAAAGAUAGUGGUUACAAAAUCAAACCUGAAGACACAUCUUAUCGAGCUAUUGCACUGUCUUUCUUGCAUCUUAUUCAAUUUUAUAAGACAUCACUAUCGCGGUUCGACAGUUCGAUAAAGCUUUCAAGCUAUUCAAAUACAUCAUUAGGUUCUGUGACAUGCAGCCUCUGCAAUAGGGAUUGUUAUGUAGCUUUUUUGUUGUGCAGGAAAUGCUAUUCCGAUCCAAUUUGCCUUUUCCAUGAGAUUGUGCCACAAAAUUGUUUAUGUGGGAGAGAACAUACUGUUUUUAAGAGGAAUGACAUGUUGGAACUUGAAGAUGCUGCCAAAAGUUUUCAACAGGAAAAAGAAUGCAUCAACGCGUUAUCCUUAACAAAUAUAUUCUCCUAUAACAUUAAUGAAUGCGUCAAAGAACACAAGAAUAAAAAUUGGCGUGACGAAAAAAGUGCUAGAAGAACUGUUAACUCGCUAGGCGCAACAUCGAAACUGGGAACAAGAGUUGCGAACAACAUCAAGCACACUGUUGAAAAGAAUCAAAAGAAGCCAAAGAAUCGUUGUAGAAACAAUGUGUCUCCAUCAGUGAUGAGUACCAAAAGACAACGAGUCAUUUAUAACUUGAGAAAACAUGAAUCAGAACUGAUAAUCAAAGUUCCUGCAGUAUCUUCCCUUUUGGCGACAUCUGAAAAAUCAAAGUAA